AUGCAGACACGGAGACAGAGACGGAGGCCGGAGGCAGAGACAGACACGGAGACAGAGACAGCAGCCAGAGACAGAGAGGGCAAGUUACAGCAGCAACAAACAGCAGCAGCAGAAGAAGGAGGAGGAGGAGGAGUUGAUCUGAACCAUAGGAAACCAACCCAGAGGACUCCUAACUCUUUUUUCUCCCUCUCUCGCUUAAACCUCUCACUCUCUCAAACUCUCCAUUCAACUACAUGCUCUUGCUCUGCCAUUCUAGACCAUCACCUGCUGCAUCUCUGCUCCCUCGGUUAUUUCUCCAACGCUUGCUCACCCAAUUCUACCCACCCCCAGCUCCAACCUCUGCCCGACUCCAACCCCCACACUUAUCACGUCAACUCGCACAGUCAAGAGUCCAAAUACGCCUGCUCUGUGUGCAAGAAGGUGUUUUGCCAGCCCGCCUCGGUGCGCCGCCACAUUCGCAACGUCCAUGGCCCCUCUGCCUUGGCUAGCCACGACGCUCAGGCCCGCUCCCUCAAGCAAAAGAACAAGGCCAAGGCCAAGUCCGCCAACACCAGCCUCGACAACGGUGUCAACAACGUUACAGCCCUUCCCGUGGCCAAGUCUGAGCUGAAGCGCUCGGCUGCAAAAACGCACCCCGAGAAGCACGGCAAAGGCGAUACCUCAGCCCCCCGCGCAAAGCGACGCCCGGCCACGCUCACGCUAUCUACUGCUGCCCCCUCCUCCACCACCCGGCAUCCCGUCGACGCCAACAACACUCAGGCCGAAGCCUUUCCCUCCUCCCCAUCACACAUGCACCACCACCACCCGGGCACCGCCCUCACCACCACAGCCAUCGCCCAGACCCUCCCGGACCUUGGCAAUGACUUGACCUUCGAUCCCAUCGACUCCCCUUACGCCGCCUCAGCCUCCCCGGGUAGUCUGGCCGGCACUGAUCUCGACACGGCCGAUGCCCACCAAAACUCGCUGCACGAUGCCGUCACCAUGUGGUCCGUGGAUCUGAACAACAUGGAACAUCUGGCCCUACCCACGCCGUCAAACGCCCCCACCGUGACGCCCACCCUCGAUUCCGUCGACGUCAACCCCCACCCGUCUCUCUGGAACAAUCCGCACCUCUCCGUGGCCAACAUCUCCCUCUUUUCCACCACCAACCCAAGCAGCAGCCUCGCCACGACCAUGUUCGACCCUGAGCUCUGCCAUGACCAUCAGCUCGAAGCCAGUUUGCUUCAUCAGACCGAUGACGCCCCCGACCACACCCUGCCCUCGGCCAUUCUCAAUGACCCGCCCACCUUGUUCGCCGACCACAUGCGGUACGCCCGCCUGCCACAAUCUAAUAAAAGCCUGACUCUUGCCUCGAGCUCGCACUUCCAUCUCCUCUCUCUCUCUCUCUCUCUCUCUCUCUCUCUCUCUCUCUCUCUCUCUCUCUUCCAACUUUAUAGCAUGGCUUGUUAA